UCGUUUAACUUUGUGAAUCUACUUUUGUCAUUUUAAACAUGUAACUGUGUAAAUGUACUGUUGUAGUUCUACGACUGGAAACACGUUUUAUUAAAUUAUAUUUUCUGCAUUCGAGUUUUACAUUUCAUUUGUGUUUUUCAGGUACAUAUAGAUAUAUCUACAAGUGUGUAAACAUGCUUAUGUAUUAUAUGCAAUGGUAGAUACGAACUUGUAAAUGUGUGUUAGGUCAGUUGUUAAGAUUUACAUGUAAACUUGUUAUUUAAAAGCGGGUGCCUUCAAUUAAAAGAUUGGAUUAAGAGGCAUAUCAUUUGCUGUGCGCGAAUGCAAUCAAAAAUGCUAGACAUACAUGUUCGCAUUUUCAAAAGUAGUUUUCAAAAGGAACACAUUACAUGUCUGGAAUUUUGGCAACGAUCGCCCUCCAUACAGGCUCUGUAGUAUUCGUGUUGUGUUUACUCAUCCUUAAUUAAAAAAGAACAACAACAAACAAACAGUCACAAUGGAAUCUCUACCUGAAUUUGUCAAGGAUAACGGACUAUAUUUAGCAACAGGUGCUAUUGUCAUCGGAUCGUCAUUGUUAUUAUAUAAACGAAUGAAACGUUCUCGAACAAGAGUAUGCGGUGUGGAUUAUCCGAAAGACAAGGUCAUCCUUCAUGUGUUUCCUCGGACCAAAACUAUUCCGAAUAUGGGCCAUUUUGUGAUGAAGUUAGAAACGUAUUUGCGGAUACAUAAAAUACCGUUCCAGCUUGAUUUUAACUACAAAGGUGGACCGAAGAAUAAAACACCAUGGAUAGAAUAUAAUGGUAUAACAAUGGGAGACUCUCAGUUAAUAAUUGAGUACUUUAACAAGGAAUUCAACUUUGAUAUGAACAGUCAUCUUAGCAAACAAGAACGGGCUGUUGCAUGGGCGAUACAGAAAUGGUUGGAA